CUUAUGAAGCCAUCUCACCAGAAUGAAAGAGACACGUAAAUUUAUCAAAAUAAGAUGUCUGGUUUUACCCACAAUUCCGUGUUUUGUUGACAUCAUGGCGACCUUCUUUGGAGAAAUACUGCCAGUCACGUCGCGCGCGGUAGACGAAGACGACGAUGAAGAAGAAAAUGCGUUAGAAACUGCAAUCUCUCCUGCAGUGCUCAGAUGGAGUCCACAAGUGAGAUCAGAAAUUGAAUCAUCUCCGAACCAGUGCCUGCACUGUUCCAUACUUAUCAUUGCCGUAGGUCAAGCAGCGACAGGGUUUACCCAGUGCUAUGUUUUGUCUCAACAAUCAGAAAAGAUAGGUGCUAUAUGCACAGGACUUGAUGAUAAGGACACGAGUACAUUAUCACAAGAUGCUCACAGUGAUAAAACAUGCUACAUAUAUCGCUUAGUUCAUAAACCAGAAGUUGUUGUUGUUCAGUGUAAGACUGAAGUACAGGCAGCCCAAGCUUUUUCUUGGACACAACAGCUGUUUUCCAGCAUCAAUAUAAACCACACGUACAUAGCAGUUUUGACAUGUGGCUCUGUGACAGAUUUCAAGUGUGAUGUUAUGGUUUCCGACCUUCCUGCUCCUUUUUUAAGGGCUUUGAAAACCAGUUCUUUUCAUGGACAGCCAAUUGCUCCAUACCUGGAGCAGCCUAAUACCAUCUCUGGUCUUCCAGCACAAUUAUUGACUCACUGUCAGGUAGAGAGGAUAGCAGCAGUGCUGUACACGUGUUAUACUGACAGUAUACACCUUGAUAUGAACACAAUGAAAACAUUCAGGCCAGUUCUUCAAGUCACUCCCUUGAAAAAUGUUAUACAGAUCCCAGUCAAUGCUGACAAAUUGAUGGCUGAAUUUGUUGACCGUAAUCUACGGGAUAAUUUUCUCUAUACUUGAUAUUAGUUAUUCCACAGACUCUUACUAUUGAGGAUAUGAAAGAAAGUACAAUGACACUGAAUAAAUCCCAUUUUUUUCAUACCUUUAUGAAUGAUUGUUGUGUGUACCUCUAAGGACAUUUUGUUGGAUUGUAUAAAACCUAACAGCAUAAACAUUUUCUUUUCAAAAUAGCCAUUGGUUUACCAGGAAAUUUAUGAACUGCAUGGAGACAUAUUUGCAAAAGUUAUUGAUUAAAUAAUUAUCAUAAAGUGAACUCAUGUUCUAAGAAAUGAAGGUUACCAGUGCAACCAAUAUUUUGUUAUAUUAUCUUAUUCACAAUAAAUGAAUAAUUACCAUUGUGUUUGAAUCAUUUAGAAUCGGUUUUGCCGAUUCCGUUUAGCUUUUUAAUGAGACUUAGACGAGACGCUAUAUACUAAGUAGAUGGUAGUCACAUAGAAAGUGCCUUCUGCAAAAUGUCUAUGAAUUGUGUUAGGUGUGAU